CUCUGGGUGCUCCGCAAAAUUGCGUCACACCAUCCAUAUGGCCUCCGACCACAUUUUCGGAUCAAGCAUAAAUUGGCUCUUAGGGGAGCCAGUCAACACUGCGUAGCAGAGCUGUCAAACGACUGAGAUGUCUUUAACCACUGCGAUUGUGUUUUAAUGAGAAAACAAAUGCCACAUAAGGUGUAUUGCGAGUUCACAUUUCGAUUUGAGGUAAGCUAUAAUAAGUGUAGUUAGAGUAACUUCUCGUUUGUUAGCAAAGUGGAGUGGCUACCGUUAACUAGCUUCUCCUCAUCUCUUGUUGAGAAACUAAACUAACGUUAGCGAGACCAGCUAACUACAAGCAAGUUAGCCAGCUUGCCGCUACUAGCUCGUGCAUGGUGAGUAGACCGACUAGCCUGCAAACUAUUGCAAUGAGAUGGAAGUAACUGAGUUUAGCUUGUCAUUUCAUCAAGUUGUUGUUGAAGAGUCCAACAUCUCAUCAUCUUCAUGACAAACGACAAGUUUUUAAUAGCUUCUCUCUAGUCUCUAACUCAAGGAAAGGGGAGGACGGCAGAAUAAUCCAGAGACAUCGCCUACUUACAACCAGCCCAUCGAGGCUGUAAAGGGUUGCCAAGCAGUUAUCGAAAAUGUGAAACCUUCAUGGAGAAGUCCCCCACAGAGUUACCAGUGAAGAGACUAUGAUGGAUCGGAACAAGCGCAACUCCAUUGCCGGCUUCCCCUCCAUGAGGCCAGACCGUCUUAAUGACCUGGAUGGUGGAGGGGAGUGGGCCCCGUCUCAGGUGGGAAGAGUGUGCCCCUCGUCGUACCGCGCCCUCAUCAGUGCCUUCUCCUGCCUGACGCGCCUUGAUGACUUCAUCUGCGAGUGGAUUGGCUCCGGCUUCUUCUCAGAGGUCUACAAGGUACGCCACAGAGUGUCGGGCCAGGUGAUGGCUCUGAAGAUGAACAAACUGAGCAGUAACCGAGCCAACAUGCUGAGAGAAGUCCAACUGAUGAACAGACUGUCCCAUCCCAAUAUCCUCAGGUUCAUGGGUGUGUGUGUUCAGGAAGGCCAGCUCCAUGCUCUGACUGAGUACAUCAACGGUGGGAACCUGGAGCAGCUGUUGGACAGCAACAAGCCUCUGAGCUGGGCAGCCAGGAUCAAGCUGGCCUGUGAGAUCGCCAAUGGCCUGGGCUACCUGCACUCCAAAGGCAUCUUCCACCGGGACCUCACCUCCAAAAACUGCCUGAUCAAGUCAGAUGAGAACUGCUACACUGCAGUGGUCGGAGACUUUGGUCUCGCUGAGAAGAUUCCCAACUAUGAUGGUGAGGGGGAGAAGCUGGCUGUGGUGGGCUCUCCCUUCUGGAUGGCCCCUGAGGUGCUGCGAGAUGAACCCUACAAUGAGAAGGCGGAUGUGUUCUCCUACGGUAUUGUCCUCUGUGAGAUUAUUGCCCGAAUACAGGCCGACCCCGAUUACCUUCCUCGCACUGAAAACUUUGGCCUGGAUUAUCAUGCCUUCCAGCACAUGGUAGGAGACUGUCCUCCUGACUUCCUGCAGCUAGCCUUCAACUGCUGCAACAUGGACCCCAAGCUGCGACCCUCGUUCCCUGAGCUGGUAAAGAGGCUGGAGGAGAUCCUGUGUCGGCUGAAGGCCGAGGAGUCUGAACGAGAGAGGAUCCCCCUCAGUGAGGACAACGAUAAGAAAACCAUCCCUAAAGGUGACAAGGUCCAGGGGAUUAAGAGGUUGAACCCGUUGGGUCUGGAGGAUGAUGAUAAGAUCUCUCCCAAGUCACCUCGUCCUCGCCGCAACAUCUGGCUGUCCCGCAGCCAGUCAGACAUCUUCUCCCGCAAGCCCAGCCGGAAGGUCAAUGUCCACGACCCCUACUACAACCCGGGCCCCAGGGCUGUGCCAGGGGCCCGCAAGAUCAACCCCUUCAAUGCCCGCGAGGACCUGUGUGGAGGCAAGAUCAAGUUCUUCGACGUGCCCAGCAAGUCUGUGUUCUCCCUGAUGUUCGACCUGCACUCUUCUCAGGACAAUGUGUUCUCCUCUGGGACCCAGAUCCACUCUGGAGCCCACAUCCACCCGGGUAUGUGGCAGGAGACCUGGUUUACUGGCAGACAGUGCCGCUCUCUGCCCGCCUCCCCCCAGCUGGCCCUCUUGGACGGCUGCUGCCCCCCUGCCUCCUGCCCCCUUUCUGCCACUGUCUCCAAGUGUGACCCAGCCCAGCUGGGCCAAGAGGUCCGACAGAAGGUGCUCAGCGCCUGGGCCAGGAAAUAUGCUGUGAUGGAGAUCCCUCCAUACUGUGGAGGGAAAGAAACAAUAGAGGAGGAGAACAGAGUAGAUGAGAGCGGGUCUCUCUAUCCCAUGCCCAGUGACCGUACAGAGGCUAUGGACUGCUCUAGCAGCCAAAGGAGUCCAGAGGAGGACAACGUCAAGGACAAACAUGUCUGCUGCCCCAUGCAGGCCCAGAAUGGAGGCCCAGUGAGGGACAGUAGGGAUGCGGUGUCUGUGUCUGAGGAGAUGGAGGCUGAAGACCAGGAGGGCAUGCAGCAGCAGAGCACUCCCUGUCCAACUGUCACCAUCAGCCCAGCCACAAACCAAGACCAUCUGAAUCCCAUUGUACUGGUGCCAUGUACGGCCCCACACGCCUCCACAGAACCGCCCUCUAAGUGUGACAUCAUCUAGGCCUUAAACAGGUCAAGGAGAAAGGGAGCCUUGUGUGAACUCGUUUUUAACCGAGAGACACUCCUCAGAUAGGAAUGAUGACGUGUGAUGAUCAAUGCUCUGCAGAUAAUCUCUUGA